AUACCAUCCGCAGUUGGCUGCCCCACAAAGGUUAAGCCGGAAGGAAAUCAAGAAGCCAGAAUAUGUCCUCGGUGCCAUAAUGCUGCAAUGUUCUCCGCAAAGUCUAGGACCUGGUUCGAGUUGUGCUUCGUUCCGCUCAUCCCUAUGAACUCGAAGCAUAUCUGGAUGUGCGGAAUAUGUCAGCUCCAGGUGAAUACGCAGCCUGGGUGGGAGCCUCAAAUUGCCCAACCUGGGUACCAGCACCCCCAGUUGCAAGCCCAGUAUGGUGCGCCUCAGAACGCUGGAUACCAGCCAGGCUACAUCCAACCUCAGAAGUGA